AUGAUUUUGCCGUGGCUCUCCUUGGUGGUGGGAUUCUGCCCUCUCGCGGCAUUUGCGGCCGUCAUCUAUCCUCAGCAUGGACAACCUCCAGAUGCGACGUUGAUUGUGCAUCUUCGAAAUCCCCAUCGUACGGAGGCUCCUAUAGUGGCCUACAACCUCGCGCCUCUGAAUGGAAAAUCGGCGCCGAUUGGUGAGAGAACCAACAUUGAAGGCUUCGCACUCAUCAUCAAUGCGGCAAACAUCGACAUCCUCGGUGAACCCGGCCGUGCUUGCUGGCUCUCCUGCGAUAUUUCUUCAGACCUUUCGACGUCGCCGGGCCAGGACGAUUUGUUUCAGAAAAUACUGGAUUCCGAACCCGUGGCGAUAAUCCUGUACACGCUCAUCGGGGAAUGGUGUUCCGUCGACUGGUCGCGAUUAAGAUCCGACAAGGUAUUCACAACAAUCAGCGCAAGCGACGCAAAUAGCGCUCUGGGGUAUAUUCACGAAGGCGGCAACAAUACCAGUGGUAUACGGCUAUCUAUCUCGGGAAACCCAAGUGUGACAACGGCAAGAGAGAAUGGUGGCGGAACAGAAGGAGGCAGGGCCAAGACGAUCGUCUUGAUCGUUCUUGUUGCCAUCUGGGGAGGGCUCAUUACCAUCGGUCUCGCGGCCGCCGUGUUUGGAGCUAUCCGAGCCCGUCGGUACCCGGAAAGAUAUGGACCACGCCGGGAGACGGAGGGUCAGGCAUCUCAGACAAAAGUUGGGGGUAUCACUCGAGCUGUUCUCGAUGCCUUGCCGAUCAUCAAGCUCGGAAGUCAGGGUUCCACUUUGGAAGCUCCUGGGUUCGAAUUACAGACAAAGCAGGAGGAGGGUGGAAAUGGGAGCUCAGGCGGUGAGGCCGGACCUGAGGCUACCUGUAACAUUUGCACCGAGCCGUUCACCACCCAGGACGAAGCUCGUCUUCUGCCCUGCGACCACAUGUUCCACCCGGAAUGCGUCGAUCCUUGGAUACUCGACGGGCCUGCUACCUGCCCAUUAUGUCGCCGAGAUAUUCGACCACAUCUCACCUCCGGUACCGACGGCGCUGAACGCAGCGGAUAA